ACAAGUCAAACAAUUGUUCUGGAAGUACGACGUUUGCACUCUUUUCCUUUCGAUCUCAGCGAGUUGGGAGAGAACAUGGAGACGAAGAAAGAAGAAGUGACUCCUCUCAAAGGAUGUCUGAAAACCAGACAAGACAUGAAGAGAAUCGAGGAAACAGAGGACUGCUUCAUCCUCGAUUUCAAUCCUUUUGAUUCUUUUGACGUUAAGAAUCUUUCUUUUGCCGGUGAUCAUGAGGGUGACAAAGAUCUGGCUAUCAUCCAUGAGUCAGGCCAGGUAGCUUGUAGAGAUUUCCCACAUCCAAGACACCUUUGCUUGAAUUUUCCCUUUGGAUCAACUCCUAAUGCAACCCAUUGUCAUCUGUGUUACUGUUGCAUCUGCGAUAAGCCUGCUCCUUGUGCACAGUGGAUGUCUUCGCAUUGCAGUGCUUCAGCAGACUCUGUGGAGUGGAGAACUAGGGAUUGAUAGAUGCGUAACUAUUUACAUCUUUUGUUAUUAGAUUAUCUUUUGUUCACAGUCUCCUUUGCAUUUAGACCUUUGAAUUGAUUAGUAGAUCAACAACAUAGCUUUUGAAGACUUAUGUAAUCACAAUGCCUAAUUACUUAAUAUGAGAUUUGUUAUGUGUG